AUGGAGCCCGCAGGGCCGGGGCUGGAGGGGGCCCUGCAGGCGCAGCCAUCCGCCCAGCCCAUCCGCUUCGGCAUCGAGCAGAUCCUGGGAGGGCCGCGGCCGCACCAGCAGGCGGGCAGCUGCGCGGCUGCCGUCGGGGAGCAGGGGGACCCGGACCCGGCGGUGUACAGCGGCGCCUACGGGGCAGACUGCAGCCCGGCCUGCUCGCUGGGCGCCUACGGCCUCCCCGGGCCCCCGGCGGGCAGCGGUGGGGUGAUCCGGGUCCCCGCGCACAGGCCUCUGGCCCCCGCAGCCGUCCCGCUUCAGCCGGGGGCAACCAGCCUGCCCUUCCCCUGGAUGGAGAGCGGCCGCAGGCUGGCCAAGGAGCGCGUGGCAGCCGCGCUGCCGUCCUUCGCCGGGGCCCGGCGGGUCGGGCACCCUUACCAGAACCGCACGCCGCCCAAGCGCAAGAAGCCGCGCACCUCCUUCUCGCGGGCGCAGAUCUGCGAGCUGGAGAAGCGCUUCCACAGGCAGAAGUACCUGGCCUCGGCCGAGAGAGCCGCGCUGGCCAAGGCCCUCAAGAUGAGCGACGCCCAAGUCAAGACCUGGUUCCAGAACCGCCGCACCAAGUGGAGGCGCCAGACGGCGGAGGAGCGCGAAGCCGAGCGCCAGCAGGCCAACCGCCUGAUGCUGCACCUGCACCAGGAGGCCUUCCAGAAGAGCCUGGGACAGCCGCUGCCGCAGGACCCGCUUUGCCUGCACAACUCCUCGCUCUACGCCCUACAGAACCUGCAGCCCUGGGCGGAGGACCACAAGGUUGCCUCGGUCUCGGGGGCCGCCGCCCUGGUGUGA